UUUUGCAUUUCAUAUCCAAAGCAGUCAGCCCAGGUUAAUCAGACAAUAGAGUAAAAUGACUUUUGACCAAAGGUCAACGGAAGAUCACGCGAACGCGUCGAGGGCUGGUGGCGCCCAAGCGCAACAGCAGCAGCAACAGCAGCAACAAAAACAACAGGUUUCUGGAGGUGCACAGUCCAGUCUUCCAAUUCAGCUGAAACCAACUGACCAGACAAUUCCGCCAUCGCUCAAAGAACAUUUUCCAGAGAAGGUUGAGCUGUACGAGAAGUUGCAGAGCCGUGAAAGACUGCUCGACAUGAUGAUCAACAGAAAGUUGCUUGACUUGCAAGAUCACCAACAGCGCAUCAGCACUAGCGAGCUCUCAGGCGACUCGCAUGAGGAGACACUGCGCAUAUUCAUCUACAACACAAGUGAAAACCAACCAUGGCAGAAGGCUGCCCAGCUGGAGCAGGCACAAGGAUCACCACCUACGGACAGUGAUCAGUCUCCAAUGUGGACCUUGAGGGUCGAGGGACGACUACUCAACGAUAAAACACCACUCAGUAACCCUAACAGACACAAGAUGUCGUGGUUUCUAUCUGGCUUGAGUAUCGAACUGAAGCCUGCAGAUGGCGACGCGUCAACACCAACCAACAUCAAAGGUGUCAAUGCGCCAGGUGCCAGUGGCAGUGCAGAGACUCUUAUUGAAUGGCACGACGACAUAAAGGCACCAAAGGCUGAAAGAAUGGCGAAGCAAUUCGAUGGGAUGGAUAUCAAGCGGGGAGGAUCCAGUAUUCCAGAUGGAACAGGAGAAGAUAGGGAGAUUGUUGCAAAUGUGGUGAUUCAACCUAAAUUAUAUCCUAUCAAAUUGAUGGUGGCUGACAAGAACUUGAUGGAGCUGGUUGGUGCAAAGGAAAUCACCCAGACCGAAUGUAUCAAGAGGAUUUUCUGGUAUGCGAAGGUGAAUGAGUUAUUCGAAGCUCAGAAUAUAGAGACUGACGUCAAAGAGUCAAAUGAUGCAGGUAAAAAUACUGGGAAAAAAAUCAUUUCGGUCAAGUCAGAUGAACUGUUGAUGAAAAUUUUUGGUCUGCCAAGCAUGACUAUGCCCCAAAUCAUGGAGAUUGUUGGAAACAAAUUGUUGAAGCCAGUGGAGCCAAUCAGAGUUACUUACAAUAUUAACACCUUGAAGAACACCACUUUAGGUGAUGUGGUGAUCGACAUCAAGGUCAACAAAGCAUUACUCGAAGAAAAGAAGGGCAAUCUGUCCGAAUUGGAUGACAUCAACAGACUCAUAACCGACGACGUUCUGAGUAAACAGAGCAUUGCCGAUUUAGUCAAGCUCGAUGAGAACUUGAAGUUAAACAUGCAAAUCUUAAACUACUCUAAGAUGAAAUAUGACUUCUACAAAAAGUUUAGUGAGAACCCUACCAAGUUUAUGGAAAACAUCUUGCAAAAGAAUGACGAGUAUUUGAAGAUUUUGAGCAGUGAUUCAAUGUCGUUCGGUAAGGACGGUUUGGUCAGUGAAGAAUUGGUGAGAAAGUCCGAUUUCUACACUGACGAUUUCUUAAGACAACAUAUAAAUCUUUUGCUGAACUCGGGUAGAAUAUAAUUUAGCAGAGCUUCUGUCGCCAUCUUGUCCUCCGCUCUUAUCAACCAAAAUAAGUAUGUAGAAUAUAUAAAACAUAUAGUGAUUCGUAAUGUUGUAUCAAGCUUUGUAUUUUAAAUCUCCAAUUCUGACUCAAUCGCUUUCAAGUUGAUCUAACUCAUUCAACCUUUCGGUUAAAGCUUCACCCCACUUGACGUGAUACCCGCCACUUCUUUUCAUGGCUAACGCUUCAAACGUUGGGUAUUUUUCAGAAGGAUUCACAUACCACCCUUCGUGAUCGACAAAUACUCUUUCUGACACCUGCUCUAUCCAGGUCACCUUGAGAUGAGAACUAG